AUGUCUACACAAACAUACACAGAAAGAGCCAAGGCUCACCCUAGUGCGGUUGCCUCGAAAUUAUUGAAUAUUAUGGAAAGUAAGAAGACUAAUCUAUGUGCAUCAAUUGACGUCCGUACUACCCAGGAACUGCUCGAUAUUGUGAGUAAAAUUGGACCAAACAUCUGUCUUCUAAAGACUCACGUUGAUAUUUUGGAAGAUUUCUCUAUGGAAGGUACAGUGAAACCAUUAAAGGAGAUGAGUAAAAAAUUCAAUUUCUUAAUCUUUGAAGAUAGAAAGUUUGCUGAUAUUGGUAAUACAGUGAAGUUACAGUACACUUCUGGCGUGUAUAAGAUAGUUGAAUGGGCUGAUAUUACUAAUGCCCAUGGUGUCACUGGUGAAGGUAUUGUAAAGGGUCUAAAAGAAGGUGCUAAGGAGAACACUGAGGAACCUAGAGGCCUUUUAAUGUUGGCUGAAUUAUCUUCCAAGGGUUCUUUAGCACAUGGUGAAUACACAGCUGGUACUGUUAACAUUGCUAAGAGCGACAAAGAAUUUGUUAUCGGAUUUAUUGCACAAAGAGACAUGGGAGGUAGAGAAGAAGGGUACGACUGGUUAAUCAUGACUCCGGGUGUUGGAUUGGACGACAAAGGUGAUGCAUUAGGCCAACAAUACAGGACUGUUGACGAUGUCAUUUCAACUGGUUCUGAUAUAAUUAUCGUUGGAAGAGGAUUGUACGGUAAAGGUAGAGAUCCGUUAGUUGAAAGUGAACGUUAUAAAAAAGCAGGAUGGGAAGCAUAUUUGAAGAGAUGUAAAUGA